AUACAGAAAAUUUUUUCUCUCUUACAACCAGAGGUGCGUUGAAAGUUACCCAACAGAAAUUGAGGGAAGUUUGCCACUGUCAUUUAUUGUCCAUGUUUAAAAUUAAAUGAAAAGGACGUCGUAGACUUAUAUUUAGACUAAAAAAAAUACAGUUAGUAUUAAUUAAUUGAUUUUCCCAAUUAUUCAGAAUUAAAAUUAAAAGUUAGAAAUGUUAUUUCCAAUUUCUGGUGAGACAUGUUCAGGAAGUUUAUGUACUUGUUUGUACACGCUGAUGCUCUCAUACCUUUUUAAUUACUCACCUGACCAGAAAUUUAAUUUGCAAGAAAUACCGGAAACAGAGGAGUAUGACUUUAUUGUCGUUGGAGCUGGGUCAGCAGGAUGUGUAGUAGCAAAUAGACUCUCAGAAGUUAACGAUUGGAAGGUACUUUUAUUAGAAGUUGGAAAAGAGGAACCAUUAAUUGCAAAUAUACCUGGAUUAGUUAAAUCCUUAACGUUCACAGAAUUCGAUUGGGCAUAUAAAACACAACCCGAAGAAAGUUUGAUUGGAAAAAAUAAAAUAAUUACAUGGUAUUUAGGAAAAGUAAUGGGUGGUAGCAGUGCAAUGAAUGGCAUGUACUACGUUAGAGGAAAUCGGGAAGAUUUUGACAAUUGGGAGAAAAUGGGCAAUCCAGGAUGGAGUUAUAAAGAUGUUUUACCAUAUUUCCUAAAGUCGGAAAAUAAUUUAGACCGUGAGCUUGUGGAGAAUAAUCCCAAAUAUCAUGGAACAGGCGGAUAUUUGUCAGUUCAAAAAUUUCCAUAUGUAACAGAAGAGGGAAAAAUUUUGCUCAAUGCUUACCAAGAACAAGGUCAUAAUUUAACGGAUCCAAAUGCUGUUAAACAAUUAGGAGUGACAUUAUCACAAUUAACAGCUGGCAAUAAUUCUCGAUCAAGUACAAAUAUAGCAUUCAUUCGUUCAAUUAGAGGUAUCCGAAAAAAUUUAUUCGUCAAAAGUCAAUCACUAGUUACAAAGAUAAUAAUCGAUGCAAAAACAAAAAAAACCAUUGGUGUUGAAUACACAUCUCUAAAAACUAAUGUAACUAAAAAAAUUCUGGCCAGAAAGGAAGUUAUCAUAUCCGGUGGGGUUGUAAACUCACCGCAAUUAUUAAUGGUCUCUGGAGUUGGGCCAAGUGAAGAACUUAAGAAACAUAAAAUUAAAGUCAUAAAAGAUCUUCCAGUUGGUAGAAACCUACAUGAUCAUGUGUCAGCUCAAGGUCUAUCGGCUAAGAGAGAAAAUUUUAAAACAACACCACAGACCUGCGAGAAAAAUAUAGAAAAUUUGUUGUACUAUUUUACAGAACGAGAAGGACCAUUCACUGGAAGGGUGGAAUUUAUGUUUCUUUGUUUUAGCAAAACUGUAUUUGAAAAGAGAGACAUUCCAGACAUACUCUUCACUAUGGAUACAUUAAAUGAAACUGAAAUUGCUAUUAAACCAGUAUUAUUGUCACCUAAAAGUAAAGGAUAUCUAGCACUUAAUAAAUCAGAUCCUGUUAGGGGUGCACCUUUAAUAUAUCCUGGUUAUUUCACCAAAAAAGAGGACGUUGAUCGGAUAAUAGAUGGUAUCAGGCUCACUAUUGACAUUCUCAAUUCAACAGUUAUGAGAAAUAAUAAUUUCAUCUUCGACGAAAAACCUUUGGACUCAUGUAAAUCCUUUGAAUUCAAUACCUAUAAUUACUGGGUGUGCUUUCUGGAAAAGAAAUUUUAUUCCGAUCUUCAUCCAGUGGGGACUUGUAAAAUGGGAAAAGAAGAUUCUCAGGCUGUUGUUGACUCAAGAUUAAAGGUUCACGGUAUACAAGGAUUAAGAGUAAUUGAUGCUUCAAUAAUGCCUGUUGUGCCUUUGGGAAACACAAAUGCACCUACAAUUAUGAUCGCCGAGAAAGGAAGUGAUAUGAUAAAAGAGGAUUGGUUGUAGAAUUAUGAUUCAUCAAUUCGACCAGAAUUAGAAUAUUUAGGACUGCAACUAUCUUUAUAUUAUAUUAUUAAUUUUCAUUCUUGUGAAGGGUUCCUUAAUGAGUCCUCUAUUAUUUUUACUAUUUAUAUUUGAUAAAUUUGCAAUUAAUUUUUUAAAUUUCUUGUUAUUGCGAAUAUUCGUAUUGUUAUACUUAUCGUGUAAUUAAUGAUUUAGAUGAUUAUUAUUUUGCUGCAUUACUUAUUUUCAAUUAUUUACUUUAAUAAUUAUCAUGUCACUUAUGGCUUUGUAAAUUUACUUUAUUAUGUAAAUCUUAAAGGGUUUUAAUAGUAAACCGUUUAUAUGUCAUGAAUAAAUAAAAAUUUUAAAAACA